CGCAACUUCCAAACUAUUUGACGCAAUGUCAAGUUCAAUGGCAAUUCGAGCUCCCUAAUUUGCUCCAUAUCACCACUUAGCAAAUCCAAAAUGCACUAUGAAAAACCUAACGAUAAUUUCGAGAAUAAAAAUAUUCACAAUAGAUCGGAUGUUAAUCUUUUUUACAUAGGUAAAAAAAAAACCCUCUUAUUGUUGGUUUGAAAUACUAUAGAUCAACAUUUUUUUUCCCUUCGUUUUGUGAAACCUACAAAGAUCGUUAUACUAUUAUUACUUGUAAGUCGUAUCUUGCUAUUCCGAUCGAAAUAUCUAUAAAAAACACACUAAAAUGAAAAGUUAUGCAUCUCGAAUGAAUGCUAAUUAGUUAAUUAAGUACAUAUGAUGAAAUCUAUCAUCAUGAAAGUGAUCAUUAAUUAGCCGGUCAAAGGUGAUUAAAAAAAACGACCAGAAAGUACCCAUAUCAUCCAUUUCCUAGCUUGCUAGCCUAGCCGCCUACUGAGUACUGAAAUAUACUAAUAUCAGAACUCACUGGCAAUCACUCGCUUCCCCCGUGGACAGAAGCAAGAACUCCGCUACCACGACGGCGGACUUCACGGCAGAACCGCAGGGUGCGGCCACAUUCAAAACUUCCUCCUCGCUCCCUCACUAUAUAUUCAACCACCAUUCCAUUCCACAACCCAUUAUUACAACUCACACCGUCACAGCAGAGCAAAAGCAGGGUGUCUUGAAAUGGAAGGAAGAAAUCCAAGCCUCGCUGCUCUGUUUGCUUUCUUCCUCGCAUUAUUCUGCUGGAAGGAAGCCUCUGCUCAAUCCACCUCCGGCUACCGGAACUUGGAUCCGGCGAGAACCAAUUACAGAGUGCUUCCCAGAACAGAGUCCGGGAAAGAACAAGUCUACUGCCUCGCCAGAGGAUCCUGCCAGUACAAAACCCUCACUUGCCCUGAUCAGUGCCCCGAGAGGAAACCCCGCCAGAACAGGAAGGUGAAAGGCUGCUUCAUCGACUGCAGCAGCAAAUGCGAAGUCACCUGCAAAUAUAGGAAACCGAACUGCAAUGGGUACGGCUCGCUCUGCUACGACCCGCGAUUCGUCGGCGGGGACGGAGUGAUGUUCUACUUCCACGGAGCUAAAGGAGGCAACUUUGCGAUAGUCUCCGACGAGAAAUUCCAAAUCAACGCACAUUUCAUCGGGACCAGGCCACAGGGGAGGACCAGAGACUACACCUGGGUGCAGGCUCUGGCCGUGAUGUUCGAAACCCACACUCUGGUCAUCGCCGCCGACAGAGUCCCGCGGUGGGACGACAAGGCGGACGCCCUGAUCGUGAAGUGGGACGGGGAGAAGGUCGACAUCCCCACCGGCGGCGAGGCCGAGUGGAGAACCGUCACCGCCGGAAGGGAAGUCGUGGUGGAGAGGACCGACGACGUCAACACGGUCAAGGUGACGGUGGGAGGGUUGGCCGAGCUGUCGGUGAGGAUCAGGCCGAUUGGGGAGGAAGAGAAUAGAGUUCACAACUACCAGCUGCCGGAAGGCGAUUCUUUUGCCCAUCUGGAGACACAGUUCAAGUUCCAAAACUUGACCGACGAGGUGGAAGGGGUUUUGGGGAAGACUUACCGGCCGGAUUACGUUAGUCCGGCCAAAGUCGGAGUCCCGAUGCCGAUGUUGGGUGGAGAAGACAAGUACGAGACUCCGUCUCUGUACUCGACUUCCUGCAGGUUCUGCAGGUUCCAGAGAAGCUCUACUGCUGCUUCUGCAGGAAUAUCUGAAAUCUAAAUGCUUUGAUAAGUUAACAAAAGGGUAAAGAGCGACAGUUGUUAUGAACAUGUAUAAUGGAUCCAUAUAUGCGUGAUUUUGUAGUGGGAGUGAAUAAAUACAGAACAGGAGAUCGAUUUGUGCGACCUUCACUCUGUAUCUUUGUAAUAUGCAGCAUUCAUAUUUUUUCAAUAUCCAAUUGAGAAGCAAGCCCUAGAAUACACAAUCUGUCUAUUG